AUGCCACUUACAACAGCUUCAAAAGGCCUCACCCCACAGCCAUCGCACCUUCACAACCCAUGCUUACCUGUUUACCAGGGGAAAGAGCAGAUUUGCCAGUAUGGAGUGCCUGAAUCCGUUCAUAGCGAUCAAGGCCCCAACUUCGAGAGUCGACUCUUUACUGAACUAUGUAAGACCUGCCAGAUCUCAAAGAUACGACACCUGGACAUCGGCAAGGGCUACUGUCCAUACGUCAAAGGGCGUUUCUCCGUCCAAGAUGCUACAGGUCUUGAAAUAAGAGUGCCUUCUGACAUCUUCCCGCCAAACAACGAUGAAGCAGCCAACAACGCAGAAGUGAUAUUACAACCAACACAGCCAGAAGAACGUCUAUCGAGAAGGAGACUUAGCGCAAAUUUACAGGCCAGUUGCCCCAUCUGCAAUACCCCGCAAGUUCCAUCACCCAAGGAGCAAGGACCCAUUUCGAGUAAUGAAAGCGUUCCCACCUACAACGCACAACUGCACACCCAGCCGGUAACCCUUCACCACAACAGGAUGCGACCCUACAAAGGGACACCACCGGUUGGAUAUGAAGACGAGGUUUACGUCCUUACGGAAGACAUGAAGCCACUGCAUGGCAACUUUGGAAGGAGCUCAUAA